AGCAGACUCUUGAAAAAAAAUGCCAUACAUCAAAUAGAUUUCAGAAGUGAAACGGAAACCUAUACGUCAUAUUCGUUCAGUAUCAUUUAACAAGAAGUUAGGACGAAGGAGGAAGCGUUCCUGUGAGCGAGCCGGUCACUGCACCUCUUUGCUGAAUAAUACUCCCAGGUGUCCGAUAAUGGAUGCUGCGUGUAGUUAAUCUUCCUGUGGCAGUUGCUGAAGUUUUAAAUGAAACGUUUGCUUUACGUUAACGUUACGUACGUUGUAACGAGCGAAUUCUUUGCUUGCGCCCCACAUACGGUGGUCAAAUUAAAACCGUUAACGUUUUGGAUAGGAUAGGAUGGAAAGAGACCGCAGUUUUAACUUCAAACUGUUUGUCCCUCCCUGGGUGAAUAAUGGACAGGUAUCAGCUGUUCGACCUCAGGAAGUCACUGAAAACUGUGGUAAUUUCAUGAAUACAUUGCAGGAGGGUUACAGUAAAUAUUUUGACAAAGAGCAGAGCACGACUUCCCCCAGUACAAGCAUGGCUGCAGCCACUAAACCAGCCAGACAAGAAUUUCCCAAGAUGAAAGCUGUGCCACCUAUGGAAAAAGACAAGAGUAAUUGCAAUCCCGGACAGCUUUAUUCCAAGCUGUUUGAUGAAGUUGAGAAAAUGAAGUGUUGGAAGGUCAAAGUUGACACUGACACUGUGCAAAAGGAAAGGAAACUACAAGAAAACAAAAGAACAAUUGAAACUCAGCGCAAAGCCAUUCAAGAAUUGCAGUUUGGAAAUGAAAGUCUCAGCAUAAAGCUGGAGGAACAGAUCAGUGAAAAUGAGGAUUUGACGAACAAGAACAAUGCAACAAGGAAUAUGUGCAAUAUACUCAAAGAUACUUUUCAGCGGUCAGCUGAGAAAAUGCAUUUAUUUGAAUCUGAAAGACAAGAAACACAUCAGCUAUUCAUAGAAAAUAGUGGAGGUAUUCAGAAACUAAUUACAGCAUUCGAAAGCCUUCGCACUCGAGCAGAAGCUGAUCAACAAGAGAUGCAGAAAGUCAAAGAGGACUUGCUGCAAUUUGAAGAUCUAAAAAUGAAAUAUCAUCAAGAAUAUAACAUGAAAGAGAAAGAGGCUGCAGUGCUUCAAACAAAACUCAAGGAUAAGGAAAAUGAACUACAAAAAAUCCUGCUUGACUUCCAUGAAACCCAGAAGCACUGUAAACAGCUUGAAGAAGCAACAAAUAAGCAACAUGAACUUCUCAAAAGCUCAAAAACUGAACAGGAAUCCCUUCUUCAAGAACUGCAUACUGCAGAGCAGCGCUGUAAAGAAACAGAGAAAAAAUGUGAAGCUAUUGCUGCAAUGCUGGAGCAAAGUAAAGAAGAAUGUACAGAGAUGAUUCAAACCAAAGACCUGAACUUGGAGGAGCUCAGCAGAGUUAAAAAUCAACAAGCAGACAUGCUGGAGCAGAUUCAGACAACUAUUCAGAAGCUACAGAAUUCACUAGCCUUAGAGAUACAGAGGGCCAAGGAACUUGAGAAUAAACUUACGGCAAGCAACAAAGAACUUGACAGGAGCGAAACACUUUUAGGAGAGACCACGGAGCAGUGUGCAAGGAAAGAUGGGCAGAUCACAGUCCUUGAAGAUGAACUGGACAGAAAAUCAAACACUAUUGAGUCCAUGAAGGGCAAGAUUGAUGUCGCUGAAGUGAGAGUGGAGGAACUCACUGCUGAGCUGUCAAGGAAAACUAAAGAAGCUCAGUUAUUAAAGAAUGAAGCAGAGGUUGCCUUUGCUGAAAAUGAUUUACUGAAGAAGGCUUGUGAAGCUGCUGAAAAGGCACAAGAAGAUUUAAAAGAGAAGUCCACAGUCACAGAGAUCACAGUGCAGGAGCUGCAGGAACAGUUGUUCAUUGAAAAGAAGAAAAAUGAAGAACGCACCUUUGAAAUGGACCAACUGAGGAAAGACGUUACACAGCAUGAAGUAAGGUACAAAGAGAUAUUAUCUGACUUUAAUGAGCUUCAGUCUGAGAAGACAGCCAUUCAACAGCAGUUUAACACCGGAUGCUCUCAUGUGAAAGCUAUUGAGGCAAACAUGAAGGUGAGUGAGGGGAAGGUUUUGAGGCUCACAAGAGAAAUUCAAAGACUGGAAAAAGAAAACAAUUGUUUACGAGAGGAAGUAAACUCCAUCAAAACCAUAAUCCAAGGGGAACAUCAGGGAACUGAGGCUCUGCAGAAAAAAAUAGAAGAAAAUUGUGAACAUCUGCUGGAGGAAAUUACAGAAAAAGAAAAACAAAUCAAAGCCGUGGAAACAAAACUGUGCGGUCUCAGGAAAAAAAUUAUGAUUAAACUUAAAGCCCAGGAGGAAUACCAGAAAGAGAAUAAAAUGCUUAAGAAACAAAUAGCAAAGGAGAUUGCAAAAUCCAGUCAACUUGAAAUUGAGAUCAACAGUCUUCAUGAGGAGUCCCGAAACUUUAAAAAACUAAACGAGGAAAACUGUCAGAAAUUGCUGAAGGAUCUUGAGUCCCAAUCAACCACUGCAGCAGACCUUAGAAAUGAGAUACAACAGCUCAGAUUAACCACAGCAGAGGCCAUCAAGAGUAAAGAAGACAUAGAACUCAAGUGUAAACACAAGAUAACAGAUAUGGUCACUCUGAUGGAAAAACACAAGAGUCGUUAUGACCGGAUGGUUGAAGAAAAAGAUGCAGAGCUUGAUGAGAACAAGAAGAAAGAGAUGGCGGCUGUUGCCCAAAGGAGAUCACUGGAGUUGGACAUUGCGAAGCAUAAGACAGAAGUUGAUCAGCUGAAGCAACAGCUGAAGACAGAAGUGACAGAGAGGGAAAAGCAGCAGCAGGAACUAACUGCUUUGAAGAAAGAAAUGACAUCAAAGAAAAUCACUCAGCUCUUAGAAGUUAUUAACAAGCAGUUACCUGCCGCAAACUGUAAACAAGGGCUAUCUUCAGAGACUCCAAAAAAGAGCUCUUCAAAGAGACACGUGUUUGACUUCUCCAAGACCAAGAAAACUCCCUCCUACAGCAAAGAUGAUGGAAGAGCUGCGAAUAUGAGGAAGGCUGAAAUUCACAGUGAAGACUUGAAAACCCCAAUUACUAACAGGGUUGGCGGAACCUCAAAGAUCAAAUCCUACAGAAUAAGGACACCCCCUUCUGCUCUGGGAGCAGGCUGGGGGAAGCGGGCCAUAGAGCUUGACCCCAAAUCUGACAGCUCUGAUCAAAAUGAUGUCUUGAGCUUUGCAAGUGCACCUGCACCCAGUAUUCCUGCUCUCUGCAAACUCAACAUUUUGCAAAAGAUCCAGAGCCCUGUCACUCAUAAAUCACCAGGGAACUCCUUGAAGCUAGCUGCAAUGAAAAGGAUGAGAGAUGCUGGUUGGACUGCUGUUACUGGCUGUGACAAAAAAAAGAAGAGAAGCAAUGAAAACAUCUUUGCAUAAAUAGCACUGUUACAGCUCAGAUAAACAGCAAUCACAACUAUAUCAGACAGGCUUUAGUGUUUAUGCAUAUAUAUAGUACUCUUCAGGAUCAGAGACUAUAAUCACAACAGGUAAAUUUAUUUCUGAGCAUGCAAUGAAAGUAUUGUUAUUGGUAAACUAAACAGUGUUGUUAGCUGAGAGAUUUAGGUGUUAAUAUGCAAAUGUGUUUGUGGUUUGAGGAAGAUUUUAAGUGACUGAAGUCACCCUCUUUGCUUUCAAGUACUUUGACAAGAAUUCUGUUUGUUGUAUCCUUGUAUGGACUAAUUUAUCUUCAGUGGUGUUCACAUGAAAUGGGGUUCUGCAUAAGUAUGCACUGUUGUGUGGGAAAAGGUGUAGUUGUUUGGUUUUACUAUCUUUAUAUAUAGAAAAUGAAUAUAUUAAUGUGCCCUAGUGUUGAAAGUGUUUUAAGUAAAAGUAAUGUUCACAUGAAUCAGCUUAGUCCUUGUUUCAAUGUUCUGCCCGUCAUCAUUUUCUCUUCCUCUCUUCUCCUUCCAUGGGUGUCUGAUGAAGAAUUUAAAUUUCACACGGAGGAAACUUCAGUCUUGAAAUUGUACUAAUUGGCAGAUGAAGAAACUUGGUUUUGUCCACACUUGUCGAGCACCGAAGGUAGUUUCAAACUGUAGAAGCUCUCUCUUUAAUGAAGGAACUCGAGGCGGAAUUGAGACUGGUCUGUUGAGACUGACGGUACAUUGUCGUAUAUGGGAUGGCCUUCAUAAAGUCCUCCAGAAAUGACGAGUGUGUCAUCAUCUGCCCUGUAUGCAUCUGCUGAAAAUUCAAUAAUAAUCAUUAAAUAGGCAUUUUUAACUGCUAAUAAUACAUAAAAUAGUUCGUGUGGAAUGUGUGAUGAAGGGGAACUCCUUACCCGUGUCAUCAGUGUUGUCAAGAGGUUGAUGCAAGUAUUGGAUUUUGUGUUUGCAUUUGUGAAACAUGAACGCAACCAAUGCCACAGCAAACACUCCAAGUACAACACUGAAGAGAAUAGUCAUAUUCUUUUCCGAAAUGUUAAGUCGCAAAGAUACUAAGACAGGAGAAGAGGAAGCAAUUAGUCUUUCACGAUUUAAAUAUCGACCAUGAUGAGCAAUUAAAUGAUUAAAAAGACAGAGCGUCUGAUGCUUACCUUGUGUGGUGCUGCCCACUGAAUCUGAGGCUGUGUUGACAGUGUGAGAUGAAUUUGCACUUGUAAUUACUGUAGUGCCCGAUGUACUUAUGUAACCCACUGUAGUCUGCAUUGCUGGUGUUGUCAUGGCAGUAAACGUUGGAG